AUGAAGUUUCUCACGCAGCUACUCCCAGUUCUGGUCGCAGGCAUCAUCAAUCCUGUCGCAGCCCAUUCUGUUCCGUUCGAACGACUGAAUGUGAACGACACGGUGCUCCUCAUUGUUGAUCACCAAGUUGGCCUGUUCGAUCUGGCUCGUGAUUUCGAGCCUGGGCUGUUCUAUCGCAACAUGAUUACUCAUGCAGCCAUUGGAAAGCUCUUUGACAUCCCCGUCAUUAUGACUACCUCUGAUGAGACUGGUCCCAACGGUCCGCUCCCGGCCGAGAUUCUUGAAAUGCAUCCCAACACGACCCUGAUUCAGCGGCCGGGUGAGAUUGACGCCUGGGACAACCCCGAUUUCAAGGCCGCUGUCCGAGCCACAGGCCGCAAGCAGAUCGUCUUGGCUGGAAUUGCAACCGACGUGUGCACCACCUUCUUGGCGCUCUCUCUUCGGGCCGCGGGCUACAGCGUUUGGGCCAAUGUUGAAGCCUCUGGAACCACGUCGACGCUUAUUCGAGAGGCGUCCAACUCCCGUAUGCAGGCAGCAGGCGUGCAGCUCGUCGGUGUGUUCAGCAUCGUUGGUGACCUCUUUCGGGAUUGGCGCAACCCUAGCCCAAAUGCUGCGCAGUUUAGAGCUUGGUUGGACAAGUAUGCCCCGGAAUAUGGAAUGUCUGGUCGACUUUUCAACGCGGCAAAGGGCAAGAGCGCAAACUAG